GCUGGUGUUGUUGUUGCUCCAGUGAUCCACGUGAGCACCCAUCAGCGCUUCUGACUGGCUCGCUCGGGACAAGAGAAAAAGGAGGCUGCUGCGGACUCUCGACACAAUUACCAAACCAAGAGAGGAGAAAGAAAACACGUCCGAGCUCCGGGCUGUCACACAAUAACCACUCUUUCUUUUCUACACGGAGUCUGGAGGAGAGGAAUACUUCAUCCUCCGCAUGCCCGAGGGUCGGGUGUUUCCAGUGUGGCGGGGGAUCGGGGCCACUAGUGGCGUUGCAGGCGGGUGGAGCCAGGGCUUGGGACGCUGCUUGCGAUGGGAGCCAGACAGUCUGGGACAGAGGGUCCGGAUCCCGGUGUUUGACUACCCAGUCUGGGUUGUCCUCUGCCAAGGGGGACAAGCCAGGCUGAGGGAGGUUUGUCAACGAGGGAGGGGGGCCAUCCGACUGCCCACAGAAAUGCUGAGCAUCAAGCUGCCUGAGCUUUUUGACAUCAACCAGAUCCCAAAGGUGUUCAGGGAGGACAGCAUCAUCUCUGGAUACCGUCACCCGCGGAGCUCGGCGCUGGACUGCGUCCGCAGCAGCUUUCAACUGAACAACGAAACGGUCAACAUCUGGACCCACUUCCUGCCAACAUGGUACUUCCUGUGGCGUUUCUGUGUCCUCUGCUCCACCAUGAACUUCCUGACCGACAGCUACACCUGGCCCCUGCUGGUGUACAUGCUGCUCAUCUGCAUCUACCCCUUCACCUCCAGCUGUGCGCACACCUUCAGCACCAUGUCCCCAGAGUCCCGACACAUCUGCUACUUCUUUGACUACGGAGCACUCAGCCUCUACAGCCUGGGUUGUGCCAUAAGCUAUGGAUACUACGUCAUGCCAGACAGCUUGGUCAACAGCUGGCUCCAUCAACAUUUCGCCCCGAUCGCCAUUGGAAACACACUAUUCUGCACCAGUCUGUCCUGUUAUUCCAGGUUUCUGGAGCUGCAGUUUCCUCAGAGAAGUAAAGCUCUGAGGACGGGAGCGUUUAUCGUCCCAUUUAUAUUUGACACUGUUCCUCUGUUUUACAGGAUCCUCCUCUGCUGCGGGGGAAGCUGCAGCUCCAGCGAUGCCUUGUCCAAUCACUGUUACCACCUCCUCUUCGCCUUCCUCACCUGCUUCCUCUUUACAGCCCACCUCCCGGAGAGGUUGGCCCCAGGGCGCUUCGACUACAUCGGCCACAGCCACCAGCUCUUCCACGUCAGCGCUGUGGUGGGAACCCACUUCCAGAUGGAGGGCGUGAUCUCAGACAUGACGUCGCGGAGGGCGUGGCUCCUCGCCCACGGAGCCACGCCGUCCUUCCUGGGGACCAUCGGCGUGCUCAUGGUCAGCGUCAUCUUGAACCUGGGCAUCAUCGGCAUCUUCAGCGCUCCGCUGCUGUGGAAACCCUGCCACUCCAGCCCCGCCCAGACGCACACAUCCACAUGUGAGCGAAAGGAGCAGUGAGAGCGUGGUUUUUUUCCCUCCAACAUGGCUGCUUCACCUUCCAAAGUUUGGGAUGACUUAACAGCUCACAGUAGUUCUUGUUUAACACUUACAGUUUUAUGACACAGAGAUAAAGAUAUUGAAACAAUGUGCAGUGCUAAAGCUUGUUUCUGACAGCGCUACACGCCUGAAGUAUUUCCUCAUGUGUUACACAGAGGCUGAGGACCCAAGUGUUACAUUGAGCUCACAUGUGGGACUCUGAAACAUGUCUACGGUGUACAAAUAUUUAUUUCUGGGUUUCCUCAAUGUGCAUUUAAAGCUCUGGGUUGAAGGACGCCUGCUGUUGUAACACACAUAUUCCAGAAAGUGCCUGUUUUUAGAGCCACACCUCAUUCACUAUGUUUACAGAAGACCACUACAAAUACAGGUUUAGAUCUCAAACUGGAAACGUCUUAGCUCGCAGUCUGCAGGGAUUCACUUUGAGUUAAUGACGCUUCUUUGAGUUAAUGACUCGGCCAUAACCUCCUUCACGUUGUCUUUGAAAAUGUUCUUUAUAACUGGACUACCUGGUCACAAUGGUGCUGUGUGUGUGUGUUUGCAGAGCUCCACUCAUCCAGCUCUACAUAAUGUAAUGCAGAUUAUGUUGCAGCUCUUAUGUACUGCACUCUGCACACGCUGGGAUUGAUUUGCAGGCCAGUGCGCUUCCUGUUUCUUUUCUGAUUGCCUGUCUUAUUAUGAGCCCCACAAUCUGCCCUCAACAGGAGGGGGAAAAAAGGAAAAAUGUUACAGCACAGCGGAGGUGAUUAGAAGACAGGUACCAUUUUUAUAACAGUGCGUUUCCACAGCAACGCUAUAGUGGCCUCAUGCCCCCUGAAGGUCUUGAGCAAUUUUUAUGUUCUGAGCAAAUGGCUCCGUUUUUCUCUUGUUCUUCCAUCACUUAUUAUAAAGUCUAUUCUGAACAUUUUUUUUUUAUAUUCUAUAGCGCUUAUAAUCCCCUCCCUUAGAAAAAAAAAACACCAACUCUAUACGCGUUUGCAUAUUCCCAGUCAUUUUAAAUUCUAAACUCUGGAGGUUUGUGACAGAAGAAUUAAGAAACAAGGAGAAGAAAGUGUAGGAAUUAUAAUCUGGAGUCGUAUUAACAUUGGAGUCUUGUGCUGUUGCAGUAUUUUGGAGCCAGGACAGUACAACAAACCAGGAACAGGUGUUUCUGUAACUGACUCAUACUGUUUUAUACAUUUACCACUAAAAUAUUAAGAACUGUCUUGUAAGUUUAUAGAAUUUGUGAUAUUUAUUGGUCGUUUUAGAUGUGUGAACAAGAAUUAAGACGAGUGUUUUUCUGUUUCUGAUAGAAUAGAAUAAUAACGUCUCUCUUGACCUGAUUUACCCUCUAAAGCACAUUAAUUUGUUCACUUUUUUAUCUUGAAACAGGCGAACAAAUAACAUAAAAAUAUUCCCAUAUUUUUUCUACACAACGCAACAAGUGUCCUCUUGAAAUACCUGCACCUAUAAGGACUAAAAUCUCAUUCUUGUAAUAAUUCGUCAAGUGACAGAACUACUUUGUCAUGUUUUAAAACACAUUACAGUAAAAAUGUCACGUGUUUGUUGAAAUCUCUUUAAUAUGCACUUGUUUCUAUACGUCAUAUCUUCAUCACAUAUCAGUAGGUUUAGGUUGAAUGUGCUAUGUGACAAAAACUCUGGGAAAUUGUGAUAAGCGUUUUAAUCUCACUUUUGCUUCACAUGUAGACACAAUUCUUAAAUAACUGAGAUAAUGAUAAAUAACUGAUCAUAAAAUACUAAAAAGCUCUGAAAGUCAUGUUCAGUUUCUCAGAUAUUUAUCUUGUUUAAGAACAUGAAUGUCAAAGGCAUGAUAAUGAACAAAAGACACUCAAAAAAGAUUCAUAAAUUGAGUAAUAAUACAAUAAUGUUGUCAAAGCAGCCAUAACUAGCACUUUUUUCAGACGGGGUGGGCUAAGCACUGUGUAAUCCAUGAUAAGUGGAGACAGGGAUUUAACAUCUCACUUGUAGCUCUAACGUUCUGUAGGUACAAAUCAACUCCUUUUACUUGACAAACAUGGAAGGCUCAAACUGUAUAAACACUUUUAAUCCCACGUGUGACACAAACUAUCACUUAACUCCACCUGUGACACCUGUAAUCUGUAAACACAACCCAUGUGGCUAACACACACUCAUAAACAAACGUCUUGUAGCGUAAGGUUGUGGAUUAUAAGAAGGAAACUGUAUGUGAUAUAAAGGGGACGAGGUGUUACAGCUCCAGGUUGGAGGUAGAAAAGUCAGACGCAGAGAGAAGGUGUAGAAUCACAAAGAACACACACACACACACACACACAUACACACACAGAUUUAUAUUAGAGCAGAGUUGUUUAAGAUGUUCUGAAGGUUAGUGUUCAGUGUAGAGGAGUCACAUUGUUGUUUCUGUCGCAGACUAAACAGAACAGUAUUUACCCACAUCGUGGUUUCUCACCUGACCCUGUUUCUGUUUCAGUGUCAAUCGAUUCUUUAUUUUCUCUGCAGUCAUCGUCGUGCAGCAGUCCUCAGUCUGACCCUGUCGCUUCUUGGAAUUGCGUCCUCACUGGACUCCAGUGUGGAUCUUUUCCAUCAGCUCAAAAUAGUUUGUAACUCAUUUAUUUCUCGUCUGCUGUUUUGUGGGUCAUCUCGCUCGUUCAGCGUCGGUAAGGUUUUCCAUAGUUCGACAGGGUCUCUGAGGCGUACACAUAAAAACACAUUGAUAGUGGUAUUUUCUCUCUUAGCUGCAUUUUUAGGUAAAUUUUGAAUGACUGAUCUUUUUCAAGCUGCAAAAAAAAAUUACCAGACCAGAGCACUGUUACUCACAAGGCGUGUAACCCUUGUGGAUUUCUCCUCAGUGGAUUUUCUGAUGCAGAUUCUGCAUUUUGUGCUUUCAGGAAAAAAAAACAAAUGGCCGGGCACUUUUUUGUGAUUUCUUCCUUUUAAAAAAAAAAAUAAAUAAAUGUU